AUGCAGUUUGACAUACGGAGGUUUGACAUUUAUCGUAAGGUUCCCAAAGACCUUACUCAGCCCACUUUGACCGGAGCCAUAAUUUCAAUAUGCAGCUGUCUGUUCAUGGCCUAUCUUUUUGUUUCUGAACUGAGGGAGUAUCUGACAGUGGAAGUGCAGAGCGUGUUAACAGUCGAAGAUCCAGUCAAACACUCAGAGAAGAUACCUGUGUUCAUUAACAUAACACUUCCAAACCUGGCCUGUACAUAUAUUGGGUUAGACAUUCAAGAUGACAUGGGGCGCCAUGAGGUCGGAUUCAGGGACAAUACUCAUAAGGAGCCUGUCAAUGAUGACAAAGGAUGUCGUUUUGAAUCUCACUUUUUAAUCAAUAAGGUGCCAGGUAACUUUCAUGUGUCCACGCACUCAGCCGUCAAUCAGCCAGAAAAUCCAGACAUGACCCACAUAGUUCACAAACUCCGGUUUGGAAUGGAUCUAGAGCAAGGAAAGGACGUCAAAGGCUCCUUCAAUCCAUUGGAAAAUCUUGAUAAAACAAAAUCAAAUCCACUUUCAACACACGACUACAUUCUAAGAGUGGUGCCAACAGUGUAUGAGGAUAAGAAAAAUAAUGUCCGGUAUCCAUUUCAGUAUACCUAUUCAUACAGGGAUAUGCUGCAGGUGGGACAUGGUGGGAGAGUCAUGCCUGCUAUAUGGUUCCGCUAUGAACUUAGUCCCAUUACUGUGCGCUAUACAGAAAAAACAAAACCAUUUUACACUUUUCUGGUUAUGAUCUGUGCUAUAAUUGGAGGAACAUUCACAGUCGCAGGAAUCAUUGAUGGCCUUGUAUUUUCUGCAGCAGAAAUAAUCAAGAAAGCUGAACUUGGCAAGCUGAGUUGA